UCCUCCCUUUCGUCAAUACCCAGAAAAAACAUAUUGUCCCCACUACUAAAUUAAAAGCUUCUUUAUCCCUUCUUCACUUUCCUUAUCCCAUCACUCCACUUAGAAUAAAUAAAUAAAUAUCAUUCAUAAUCUUAAUCUCUACAUACAUAUCUCCCUCAUUGUUUUUUGUUUGAGUGAAUUAAGUGUAACCUUUCUUCUAGCAUCAUCUACUCAUCCUCAAUUCUCAAACAUGCUUACCCUUCCACCCCCACCUCCUCCCCGACUCCUAACCACAAGGCAAACCAAACAAGUCUCUCCUGACCAAAUUGUCAUAUCAAAACUACCAAUCAAACAACAUUCUCAAGAAUCUGAUGCACCAAAUUAUGUUACAACAAAGUCAAUUAGGCCGCCGCCACCGCCACCACCACCACCACCAAUACUCAGGCAACCUCCAUUUCAAAGGACUAAUCCAAUCAUAUGGUUUGCUGCAGUGUUGUGCCUCAUAUUCAGCCUUCUACUCAUCUUCUUUGGAGUUAUAACUUUGAUCAUCUUCCUAGGAAUCAAGCCAAGAAACCCCUACUUUGACAUCCCCAAUGCAAACCUCAAUGCAGUGUACUUCGACUCACCAGAAUACUUCAAUGGUGACUUCACCCUCGUUGCAAACAUCACCAACCCCAACAAGAAGAUUGAUGUGAAGUUUGAAUCUUUUGAUGUCGAGCUUUUCUUCUCAGACAGGAUCAUAUCAACACAGUCCAUUGAACCCUUUACACAGAGGAGAAGGGAGAGCAGGUUGGAGUCCUUGCACUUCAUAUCCAGCUUGGUGUUUUUGCCUAAGGAUCUUGGUGUGAACCUUAAAGGACAGAUGCAAGGGAACAGGGUUAAGUACAAUGUAAGAGGAACCUUUAAAGUGAGAGUAAGUAUGGGGUUUUUCCAUUUGUCUUACUGGUUGCAUAGCAGAUGCCAGAUAGAGAUGACUGGUCCACCAACUGGUGUCUUGGUGGCUAGGAAGUGUAUCACAAAGAGAUGAAGGUGAAGGGGGUAGAAUUUUUCAUACCUGUUUGUUGCUUUCUAUGUUUGGAUUAAUAUACAGCUUGUUUGUAGCAGCAGUGUAAAAGAAUUCUGGAAACUACUUGAUGCACCACACAGUCAAUAUGAUGAUGGUCAAAGAGCAAAAAAAUAAAAAUAGAAAUCACUUUCCUUUA